AUGCUGCUCCUGCUCCUGCUCCUGCUCCUGCUCCUGCUCCUGCUCCUGCUCCUGCUCCUACUCCUUCUACUCCUGCUCCUGCUCCUGCUCCUUCUACUCCUGCAUCUUAUCUUGAUCCUCCUCGUCAUCGUCCUCUUCCUCUUUACUGGGGCUCAGCCAUGUUCAAUGCAGGGCUGGGGCGACCUUGAAAAUCUCGAAGAGAAGAUCAGAAACUUCAACUUAGCUGGCGUUAUUGAUCAGUUUCAUCGGACGAAGGAGGAGACUUCGCAGCACUGCAAGGACCUCUGCAAGUUUGUGUUCGACAACUCCAAGCUUGCUGGCUCCAGCAUGGUCGACAUCUUCUCCAAGGACUUGUGGGGAUCGUUGCCUGCGGACUGGAGGGAGGAGCUUGAGGAGCUGCAGGAGGAGGAGGUAUCAAAUCUCUCCACAGGAGAGCUUGACAAGAAGUGGAAGAGCGCAAGUUUGAGAGAGUUCGUGCGAUCAUCUUACACGUUGGAUCUUGAUCGCAAGAACGCGGUCAAUGCGGCAGAGAUGCUUCGUUGCAAGCUCCCACUGAUUGCGAUGUCAGAGAAGAAGGCACAUGAGGUCGAGGUCUUGUCACUUGUGGUCACGAAACUUGCAAGUCAGGCUCGGCAGUUUGAAAUCUCUUGGACCAUUGAUCUCGGUAGUGGAAAGGGUUAUCUCAGCGAGGCUCUAGCGAUAGGAUGCGGACUGAAGGUACUAGGCAUCGACGCGUCUGCAGUCAACACCAACGGUGCCCUCAAGAGACAAUCUUUGGUUACAAGACUGACGGGGCGGAGGCAAAGAGAGGAGGAAGAGGAGGGGAAAGUCGCAGGAUCGGAACAGAAGAAGAAUGGGGACCGAGGAAUCUUUAUUCCAGUAACAGGAAGAAUGCAGUUGGAGGAUGCAGACAGUUUCCUGACCUUCCUGGGCGACAAGUCUGGACAAAAUUUCAACGUGACUGAUAGAGAGGGCUUCACACUUGCGGAGACCUUGCGAGCACAGCUCUCCGGGCGUUCCUUAAGUGGAGAAACGUCAAGUGUCUUUGCACAGUUGGUUGCUGUUACAACCUUCUCUCGGAGACCGCCGGAAGAUGAAGACUCGGGUAUUGCUACCUCCCGUAUUGUCCUCAUUCAUCUGCUGAUCAUCCACAAGCUCUCAACGAACCGGGACAAGACUUUGGUUUUCCUCUCAGCUCAUUCGUUCGUGAACAUGUUGAGGUUGAGUUUUGCUCAAAGAGUGAAGGAGGAGGGAGGAGAGAUGAGAGCAGUUCUUGGAAGAAACGUCUUUAACCUCGCAGCAAACACCAAUCAGCGAGUGCCACAUGGUCCUUUGCACGAUUCGGAGGUGAACAACAUGUUUCGAGCUGCGUUUCAGGUUGUAGUGGGUAAAAUAGCAUCGAAGAGCAAAGAUUUCGAGGACUACUGCAUGAGAGCUCUUUCUCGUCUAGAUAUUGAUCCCUCAAGCUUAAGCAAACUUGAAAUAGAGGAAUGUUACGCCAAUUGCCUUGCCAGGUUUGCAUUCUCAUGA